CAAGUAAAAAAAGAAACGGGAGAGGGGCAAAGAACAUACCUUCAGUGAUGUCCUCAACAUCGCCCUUGUCACCAAAGCACCUGCGAGCAUGAGCUUAGCAAGACGAAGACCAAGAUACAAUAGGUGGGGUGGUGGGAGCAUACUGAGUGAACUUCCACGUGGGGGAGUUCGCUUCGCUAUCGACCAUUUUGGGGAGCAGCGAUAGCGGGGGCUAGACAGGGUGCAGGAGGGUAUCUAGAGAGAUUGAAGAGGAGAGGUGAAAGAAAGUCUGGUGAGGGCGAGGGGCCAGGGAGGGGGAUGGGCCAAAGCAGGUCGCUGGGGAUGAGCGGCGGAGCUUGCGUGGGCAAGGUGGAAGGAGAUGGUCGGGAGAAGAGCUACAGCAGGACACGCCUAGUUUUGCAAGAGGCGGGCGGUGUCGUCGUUGGCAGUCGUAGUCGUCGUCGAUGUGGUUGUCGCCGGCCGGUAUUUCAGCGGGAGCAGGCAACGGGCGGCGAUCGGGGUGGAGGCGGAAGGGUGGUGUUGGAGGUGGUGGUGAUGGAUGAUGUAGGUCGGCCGGCGUUCGAGGCGGUCGUUGGUGGGUUGAGAGUGGGCGGGCGGCGGGCGCGAGGGCAGCAGCAGCUAGCAGCAACGACACAGAGUGGCGGAGAGGCGGCAAGGCGGAGAUGCGGAGAGGCGGUCGCUAUGUCGGUCAGGACCGCGUGGAAGGGGAAGAGGCGAGCGAGGAUGAAGGCCAAGGGAUGCCGCGGCGAGCGAGAGAUGGUCGAGAGGACGAGUUUGGGGCGAGGGAUGUGACGCAGCAGGGCCCAAGGGUGAGGUGCAAGUUUGAUUUGGGAUCGGACGGGACAGGUGUGAUGGGGUUGGUGCGUGUGCUCGAUGAGGUGUGAG